UGGGUUCUGGAGGAUCACAGAACGGCCGGUGCCCUGGACGGCCGGCGGCCGCCAUUCAUUAUAAAUCACUGUUUUUGUCCCCCCCUAGCCUCUGAUUAUCUACAGUUUGCAUCCAAUCUGACAGGUGGCAGCAAUGCGCCUGGCUGUUCAUCGCCAGUCCGAUAGAAGAACGAAAGAAGCACAAAGUUGCCUUCAUUGGUUCCUUGUGGAAGCAAAAUGGCGACGAGCGUUAAUGCCCAAUAUGGAUGGUGGUGGCAAAAAAAGAAAAGAGAAGGGUGGCGCGGAGAAGGUUAGGAAGAAAAAAAUUAAAGAAACUGGAGAGAAAAGCAUUAAAAUGUCAUAAAUUGACAAAUAUUUUCGCAAGCAGCAGUCUGGCUGCGACGGCCACGUUGGGUAACAGCAGCCCAGCCCCGGCGAUGGUGAGAGGGGGCAGCCGCUCUGACGUGCAGCCGGUGCAGGGAGGGAGAAAAAUAGAGGGAGGAGGUAAUGAUAAGCUGGUGGAAGUUCGAGAGGGAAGUUCCCCAGACAAGCGCAGAGCAAGUAAAAAGGGAUGAAGAGGGUCACUUGCUCGGUAUACUGGCAAUUGUUAUCCACAAGCAGAUGAGCCACUGGCAUCUAUCCUUACAUGACUGGAUCACGCAUCUGUGGUCCAUCAUGCACGGACUUCCCUGCCCAUCCCUUGGCCAUUGCUUCGGCUCCACCUCCGACCCUAACAGCGAUCCAGCUGUCGAAUUUGACGAGCAUCGAAAUCACAAGCCGGACCUCGUGACUGCCCAGCCAGAGCCACGACUGUCUCAGGAGCAGUCACAAAGAACCAAUGGUUGUUUAUUUCCACAAGAAACUAAUGGAAGUAACGCUCCAGGGAACCUACAGGACGAUGAUAAUCAAAUUUGCCUUCACACGUGCUCAGAUGAUGAUGAAAAGGAGGAUUCCAGCGCUAAACUGGAGCUCAAGUACUCUCAUAUCCCCAGGCCCUCCAUUAUCGUGAGGCAACCCAAAGAAACGGCAUCGAACAGAGGCGACAAAGAGGAUGGGCCUUUAUCAGGUAUGGAAAACAACACCAACACUUCCUCUUUGCUCUUUUGCCUACGUCGGCGCUGAUACGAGCUGGAAAAAAGGGUCCCCGGUG